AUGGAUCUUCUGGACCUCCCGCCUGAGCUCUUCCAGCAUAUCGUGUAUCUCUACAUCAUGAUGCACAAAGUGGAGAGCACCCAGAAGCUCCUUUUCCUUCAUAGUGCGUUCAACGGGGCUAUCAGCUACAGCCUCAUUUUCGAAUUGCCGCGUGAGUAUUAUCGUUACAAGCUUGGUCACAACUUCUUCAAGGCGCAAUUCAGCCUUAUUCUGCAGGCGCGCGUAAGGCAGGUUCCUCGAAAGAAUGCGGAUGCUUUAACGGCCGAGAAACUUAACGGCGUGUAUCCCUUCCUUCCGAAGUACAUCACCAAGGUCGUCAACCGUGUCUACGAGAUUGCCGGUCUGCAGUACGACCACAACGAUCGGAAAAAGCACGAGGCAAAUCUCUGCGACGCUAUAGUACAUUACUUCAAAUACGCUGAGGGCGUUAGUGAGAGCGGACUGUACCCCCUCAUGUUAGAUGAAUCUCGGGCGAACGAGCAGCUUAAGACGGAAUUCAACACAACUCUUCCUCGUGCCACUGUAGCGGCCGCUGCUGCUAUGUACGGAAGCCUCGACCGCAUAGAAGCGAUCGUGAAGCAGGAUGACAUGUGGCAGGCCUCCGCUGCCUUCGGAACCCCGUUCAAUGUUGCUGUAUCCUCUGGAUCGGCCGCUAUAGUUCUUCGUGCUUUGGUUGCCGUUCAGAAGAUGACUCCAUCCCCUGAUAGCGCUGUCGUGGAUGCACUUCUCACUGGCCUUGGCAUCUCACUUCAUCGGGGACAUAUAGGAAUGGCUUCGGCUAUCUUACUUGUUGGAAGCAAACAAUUUCCUAUCAUCAAAGCCCACACAUACAAGGCCUGGCUCGAUAAGGCUAUGGCGAUCGGAGACCUGGUUACCUUGAAUACUAUCCUAGGGCUGAAGCAUCACGCCCGCAAGCAAAGCCUGGGUGACGCUUUCGUGAAAGCAUGCAAAAACGGCCAACACCUCAUCCUGAACGUCUUCUUUCGCAAUAAUCUGCUAAAUGUCACCGAAUACGUAAACCUUAGCAAGGCUACAAUGUCUCCACCCUACUGCUAUCCGAUCAUGGCAGCUAUACGUAGAGCGCCGUCUGACGAAGCACGCGCCGCGCUUGUCACAGAGCUGCUACAAUUGAGAGCGGAUCCCAACGGACCGAGCAUGGCCAUGGGUAUGCCAGUGUCGGAAAUCCCCCUUGCUAUGGCCGCGGAGAAGCAGAGCUGUGCUACUGUCAAGAUUCUAUUCGAUAAUGGGGCGGACUUGAUGAUGCCCACCGCCCGUGACAGCCAGUGGUCCGCGAAGUUUGGUGUCCUACAGGCCAUCAUAGCUUUGGUCAGGACGUCACCAUACCACGAGUUCUGUCGCAAGCUGGAGCAAGAGCUGAAGCUUGACGGAGUCUUGCUAAUCACCCCACUUGUCAUGGCUGUGAGGAAUCGUUGCUGGGGUGCUGUAGCAAUCCUACUCAACAAUGGUGCGGACUUGACAACGGAAAUUCACCACGAAGACGUAGCCGAGGAAUGGUUUACAGUCCUGGAUAGCAUCUAUGACUAUUUCAACACCGGACGUCAGCACAUGCUCUUCCGCCACGUUUGGCUGAAGCUGGAAGCAGAGUUGGCCUCUUUCGACGACGUUUGGCUGAAGCUACGUGCAGAGUCGGACUCUGACUCUGGAGACGAUGAGGAAUUUCCCCUUGAGCGGCAGCCUGCCUCCACGGAUGAGCCUUGUCCUGUAUCUUACCGUAGUCCUGUGUUCUACGGUACAGCUGGCUUCCCUCCCCCGGAUGCAUCAUACUAG